AACGGAAUAAUUGUUUCAAGUUAUUAGAAUUAUGCAGAAUAUCUUAUGAUUUUUAAAUACUUAAAAUCAAAGUUGUAAAUGACCUUCUAGUUAUAAAUUAUCUUUUAUUUAAGCUUCUUUCUCAAAGACUACUGUUUUUGUAUAUUGUACAAAACAUAUAAUUAUUUGUUCUAUGAUUAUAAACAUUCGCAAUUGGUUAUAUACGUUUACCGCAAUUUAGGUUUAAUUAUAAUGUUAAAGAUAUUUAUUAAAUAUCACAGAAAAGAAUUUGAAGCAUAAAAAAAUCGUAAGAUUUGAAAUUCAUUAUAAAAAUGAGUUCCUUCAAAUAUCGUCAAUUUACAGCAGCUUUUAUGAUAAUAAGAAGCAUGGCUACUGUAAAAAGAUUUUAUCGAAGAACUAACAUUUUGUCAAGUGGUGGAAAAUUUGAAAUAACUUUGGAUCAAAGAAAACUCAAAACACCUAAAGGGAAAAUAUUUGAAGUAAAUAAUAAAGGUUUAGCUCUAGCAGUGGCAACAGAAUGGGACGCACAAAAAGAUAUUAUUGAAAAAGAAAAUAUGCACUUGACCGCUUUAUGUAAUACUGUACUGGAUAAUCCAAACAAUCAAACCAAGUUAGAUAUAGUGAAUUAUAUUACAAAUUGUUUAGAAAUAGAUACAAUUUUAUUUCAUUCUAGUGAAAUAGAUGAUCUAUAUAAGUUACAAGUUGAAAAAUGGGAUCCUAUAGUACAGUGGUUUUGUGAUCAUUAUAAAGUAAAUAUUGUUAAAACCCAAAGUAUAGAUACACCUACGGUGCCAAUAGAAACCAAAACUGUCUUAACAAGACAUUUAUCAUCAUAUGAUUUUAAUGCUGUUCAUGGUUUUUUAUAUGCAGUUAAUGCAUUGAAAUCAGUGAUUCUUACUUUAGCUGCUAUUGAAAGAGUAAUUGAUGUUGAGAAAGCUGUAGAAUUGUCUCGCUUGGAAGAAAUAUAUCAGAUUUCACACUGGGGAAACAUUGAAUGGUCUCAUGAUCUCAGUAAAUACGAUUUACAAUCUCGUGUGGCAGCUGCAGUCCUAUUUGUACAUUUAAAUUCAUACUUAGUUACUUCGCUACCCAAAGGAAAUAAAAUUCUCAAUAGUUAACUAUUCCUGUGGAAUAUUAAAUUAUUGGUACUUUAAGAUAAUAUAUCAACAAGGUUGAUAAAUUACUAGAAAAACGUUUUUCCACUGCUACAGAACAAUCCGGACCCGUCCAAUCCUUCGUGCAUAUACAACUAAAAAAUAGAUUAUAUGAUUCAUGGAAUGACGAAUACAUUCGUUACGGUGACAUUCUCCUACGCCACGUCCAGUAGCUGGACUAGAACUGGUUACAGGGAAGACUGUAUCCUUCGUACGUAAUUCGAUAUCAAAUAUACAUCCGGAGAAACCAGUGUGUAAAGGUAGAUCAUGUGGUAGCAUUUCAAAAUUUUUUGAUUUGUGACCUCCUAUAAAACACUUAGAAAAUGUCAAAUAGUAGAUCUAGAAAAGAAUUGAAAUAUGUAUAAAUAAAAGAUUAGAUUUUACAAAGAAUAA